AUGGAGGAAAUUCCUGCCCUGUAUCCCACCGAACAAGAAUUCAAAAAUCCCAUCGAUUAUCUCUCUAACCCUCACAUUAAGAGGCUUGGUAUACGAUAUGGUAUGGUAAAGGUCGUACCACCAAACGGCUUUCGUCCUCCGCUCUCUGUUGACGUGGAAAAUUUUACUUUUCAACCAAGAAUCCAAAAUCUGGAGAACUUAGACCUGGCAAAUAGGUGUAGGUUGUUUUUCAUGAAGCAGUUAAAUAAUUUUAAUAGGUCCAUUAAGGAUCCAUCGAAAUCUAUACUUAAGAACCCUUAUACGGUUGUAGAGUAUCCAGAUUCUGCACAUACAUCGGAAAUAAUAAAAAAAAAAGUGUACUUAUAUGACGUUUUCUCUGAAUUAAUAAAGGAUAAUCGAGUACCCGCUGACACUACACAAUCUCCAAGGCGAAAAUUGGAAUUCAGAGACAUUUCUCAAUUAAGAGGUGACAGUAGUUUAUGGAGGACCAUUUCUAAGAAAUUCAGCAUACCAACUGGUUUAUUGAAAGAUAUUUUCGAGAAGUAUAUCGCCUCAUACUAUGUAUUUCUUCACUCAUUGAACGAGAGUGUGCACACGGCACUGAAUACUGACCAGUAUCCGAAAUCCUUAUUAAGUGACGACGAGGACGAUUUGGAUCUUGGGCCCGAUUCGAAUUCUGCGUCCGAUUUUGAGGAGGACGACGAUGAUGCUUGUAUUGUUUGUCGCAAGACAAACGAUCCAAAAAGAACUAUUUUAUGUGAUUCAUGUGACAAACCGUUCCAUAUAUAUUGCCUAACACCACCUUUGGAAGGUGUACCCCCUGGUGAUUGGAUUUGUAACACUUGUAUUGUUGGAAACGGGUAUUACGGAUUCACUCAGGAUACGCAUGACUAUUCUCUGCCAGAGUUUCAAAGAUAUUGUAAGCAUCAAAAUUCGAGGUUAUUGCCAGCACGAAAAAUGUCCAUAGACGAACUGGAGGAGAUGUUUUGGAGUUUAGUGACCAAAACCCACCGCAAUGUAUUAACGACUGUCAAAUACGGCGCUGACAUACAUAAUGAAUUGCCAGGUCAAAUUACUGGCUUCCCCACGAGGGACUUCAUACCUAAAAAUAUAAAUGGCGACGAAUUGAAGGACUACUUCAAAUAUUGCGAUCAUCCCAUGAAUUUAACGAACCUGCCUAUGGCUCAUAAUUCGCUGUUACCAUUAUUCAAAAGAAACAUUUCUGGCAUGACUAUUCCUUGGAUUUACAUAGGGUCGUUAUUUUCCACAUUUUGUUGGCACAUGGAAGACCAGUAUACCCUAAGCGCUAACUAUCAACAUCAAGGUGACCCUAAGGUUUGGUACAGCAUUCCAGAAUCGGGAUGUACGAAAUUCAACGAUCUAUUAAAUGAUCUAUCGCCGGACUUAUUCAUCAAACAGCCGGAUCUAUUACAUCAGCUAGUAACUUUAAUAUCCCCUUAUGAUUCAAACUUCAAAAAAUCGGGUAUUCCUGUGUACAAAGCUAUACAAAAGCCCAACGAAUAUAUUAUCACGUUCCCUAAAUGUUACCAUGCAGGUUUCAAUACCGGUUAUAAUUUCAAUGAGGCUGUCAAUUUUACCAUAGAUUUCUGGCUACCCUAUGGAUUUGGUGCGAUUGAAGAUUAUAAAUCGAGUAAAAAAGCCUGUGUUUUUGAUAUGUUUGAUUUGAUGAUCAAUAUUUUGAAAAAGUACAAUAAAGAUACCCUAUCGUUCAAUGAUGCCUUUGCAAGGCAAUGUUACUCUUCAUUGAUUGUUUUCUAUAAUACAGAAUUAAAACGCAUACGAAAAAUUCAGGCCAUUGUACCACGGACAACCCUUUUGGAGGUGGAUGCCGAUCCCAAUGAUGAAGAUGAGGAGUACGAUAUAUUCUGUUCCCAAUGUAAGACCAUAUGUUCGAUAGCCUUUGUUUUGCACAAGCUUAAUAGCCCUGAUUCAAUUAGAACGUAUAAAAGGCACAAGAAAAACCACUUAAGUAUUAAGCAGUGGAAUGAAUUAUCCACGACGGACAGUAAAUUGAGUGUCCUGUGUACACAGGAUUACCUGAAAACAAUACAAAUCUUAAACAAUGACGAUAGUGAAGAACCCUGUAUUGACGAUGAAUUGUAUUUCACUAAAUCUUUGGAGGAUGUUGAUUCUUUAAUAAAGCAAGUUGGUGUUAAGUUAGAUAGAUAG